CUGUUGCUGGUGCUGCCAGCUUCUCUCCCCCGUUUCCAGCUGGUUUCCUCCCACCAGACACAGCAGCAGGGCGGGGAGGGACGGUGACCUUACAGCCUCCAUCCUGGCACCAGGACACGGCCAGAACCCAGCGAGCCAGCCGGGACCAGCUGAGUCUGAGCUCCAGUCUGUCUCCUGACCACCACCACCAUAUUUGUUUUACUUUGUUUAAUCUUUUAUUAUUAUAUUAUUAUCAGCAGCCAUGAGCAAGGACAAGCAGGGCAAGCAGGUGCCUGAUGUCCCCGGGUCUCUGUCCGGGUCCCUGUCCGGGUCCCUGUCCCCCUCCAAGGGCCUCAAACCGCCCAGGAUGCCCAAGUGCUCCCGCUGCCGGAACCAUGGCUACGUGUCCCCCCUCAAGGGACACAAGCGCUUCUGCAACUGGAGGGACUGCCAGUGUCCCAAGUGUAAGCUGAUAGCGGAGCGGCAGAGAGUCAUGGCUGCCCAGGUCGCUCUGAGACGGCAGCAGGCUCAGGAGGAGGAGCUUGGGAUUUGUAGUCCGGUGACUCUGAGCGGCCCUGAGGUGAUGGUGAAGAAUGAAGCUGGAGCAGACUGCUUGUUCUCUGUGGAGGGACGAUCCCCGACACCAACCGGUACCUCCACUUCUUCUCUCGCUGUCACAGGCAGUCGCUCGGCUCUGUCCCCCGGCCUGUCGGCUGGUCGGGCUCACACUGAGGGAUCAUCAGACCUGCUGCUGGAGACCUCCUACCUAAACUUCUACCAGCCAUCCCGCUACGGUUACUACGGCAACCUCUACAACUAUCCACAGUACCAGCAAAUGCCCCACGGUGAUGGCCGCCUGUCCAGCUCUCAGUACCGCAUGCACUCCUACUACCCAGCAGCCACCUACCUGACCCAGGGCCUGGGCUCCAACACCUGUGUGCCGCCCCUCUUCAGCCUGGACGACAACAACAACAAUAACAACAACAACUGCACUGAGACCAUGGGAGCCUCCUUUUCUCCCAACGGUAUCUCCAGCGUCCACGACGCCACCAUGACCUGCAGGUCCAUCAGCUCCCUGGUGAACUCUGACGUCAACGAGGCCGGCAGCGAGGCGCCAAACUUCACCGUCAACUCCAUCAUAGACGGCGACGUCACCAAAUAAAGAGAAGCUAAGAAUAACGCCACUCGUCAAAAGCAUUACGAGUUCAGUUGAGCAAAAAAAAAAAACCUUCAUGUUCACUGUUAAACUGCAGGUUUCACUGUUCCUGUCAGGAAUGCACAACAUUUUCCACACGUUUUAAUAGUUUAGCUCAUUUUAGCUGUUAAAUGUUUUGUUGAAGCCAGUUCACCAGCAUAGAAAAGGCUCUGGAAGUUAAUAAAAGUUCACAAAUAAAAGCUUGCAAAUACUUGAGAAGCACUGUCCAGAUAAUAAAGAUGACUAAACUGACAUCUUUUGAUUAUCACUAAUCAAGAUUGGACCAAAUGAUUCAAACUAGACUGCAACUUAAUGUGAAUUUGUAAAGUUGUACACUUGUUUUUUCUUCAGAAAAUUAUUUUUUUAAUUGUUUUAUUUUUAAUUAUCCAGAAGAUAAAGCGACGCAACAUGCAGAAUAAUGAUUCAAAUCCUUUUUCUAGCAUACAGUAAAAUUGAGCAGUGCAGUUUUUUUUACACAGUAGGAUUAGUUAGAUAUUAGUAAUAUUUUGACAAUCAGAAUACAGACUUAGUUUUUGCUAAGAUAUAUUUUUCGAGCUGAAAUCAGUUGCACUUUUUUAGAAAAUGUCAGAAGUGAAAUUAGGCCAAAUGGAGCGGCCGCGUGCCUUCGUUUCUUAUUAUGCAAAGUUUUAUUAUUUUUAGUUCGUAUUAGUUUGAAAUGUAUUUUUUUUUUGUAGACAAAGUUGAGUCCGUCCUUCCCAGAGAGCACUGAUUCGGUUCUGCAGGUCAAAAGAUGUCGAGGUUCAAUAAUAACUUAACAGGAAACUGAAAAAAUUUAAUUUUCACUUCUCUCUUUGGUUGAAAAAUUUAAGUGCGUUUCACCAUCUACAGCACAGUAGCCUGGCCAGAAGAUACACAAAAUAAAAUAAGGAGAUAAUUAAAAAAAAUAUAUAUAAAAACUUUUCAGGGUUCUUCCGAUUACAUAAUAGUAUUUAAAUGACAUAUUUGACAUGAAAUAUUUAGGUAUUGUCAUUAAGAUUUCAUAAAAAAUGCAUCCCAACAGAUGCCUCUUUUUUGAGGCUGAAAUAUUGAUAUUUUAGAACUAAAACUGUAAUAAUGAUACAUUUGUUUUAUAGAAUUUUGACCAAGAUGAAAUAUUUUAUCAGGAAUGAUUUGGGCUGUCAACCAGUUACAAAUGUUUACAAAUUAAUUGCACAAUUUGCUGUUAUUAUUUGUGAUUAAUUGCAUUUUUUUCCCUUUCUUUUGCCCCAAGAUACAUUUUUGCAAUCAAGGAUAUUUGUCUGUAAAGAGGAGAUAUGUGGGCACUCAUAGCACCCCUUUUCAUUCAGAUACAUUAAAAUCAGAUGUCAGGUUUCCCUUUAAAAAAUGUUCAUGACAAUUUUUCCCCUGCCAAAAGUUAUUUAGCCCUCUUGUGGUAAAAUAUAAUUCCAUGUUUGGUACAAAUAUAUCUGAAAGCUAAGACUGCUGCAGCCCGGAGCUUUUUUUUUUUGUAUUAACUGUGUAAAUUCUUUUUAACACAUUAAGUAUUUCAAAUUAAUCACAAGACAGCUACAAAUAUUGCAUAAACGAACCUAAUCCAAUGGUGAAAUUGUUUCUAAAUUACCUCUAAAAUCUCUUUGGCACUCUCCAAAACAAAUAUUCUUGACAUAUACACCAAGAGGAGUAUACCUGCAAUAAGCCAAUGACAUUAGUGAAUAUAUCAGAUUUGACUUUUUAUCCAUCUAGGUGUAUUAAAAACCGAAUGUUGCCCAGUUUUUUUUGCCUCAUAAUCUUUAGACCUGCACAGUAUUUACCCUGAGCUACAAUCCGAUAACUGCAGAGAAUUCUUUUUAACACGUUAAAUAUUUCAAAUUAAUCACAAAAAUGUACAUAUACAUUUUGACAGCUCUAAAUAUUGCAUAAACGAACCUAAUCCAAUGGUGAAAUUGUUUCUAAAUGACCUCAAACGUCUCUUUGGCACUCUCCAAAAAAAAUGAUUCUUAACAUAUACACCAAUAGGAGUAUACCUGCAAUAAGCUGACAUUAGUGAAUAUAUCAGCUUUGACUUUUUAUCCAUCUAGUUGUAUUAAAAACCAAAAUGUUUCCCAGAUUUAAGCCUCAUAAUCUUAAGACCUGCACAGUAUUUACCCUGAACUACAAUCUGAUAACUGCAGAAAAUUCUUUUUAACACGUUAAAUAUUUCAAAUGAAUCACAAAAAUGUACAUAUACAUUUUGACAGCUCUAGAUAUUGCAUAAACGAACCUAAUCCAAUGGUGAAAUUGUUUCUAAAUGACCUCAAAUGUCUCUUUGGCACUCUCCAAAAAAAAAAUAUUCUUGAAAUAUACACCAAUAGGAGUAUAUCUGCAAUAAGCUGACAUUAGUGAAUCUAUCAGCUUUGACUUUUUAUCCAUCUCGGUGUAUUAAAAACCAAAAUGUUUCCCAGAUUUAAAACCUCAUAAUCUUUUGACCUGCACCACUGCAACAGUAUUUACCCUGAAAAACAAUCUGAAAACUGCAGAAAAGAUGCUAAAACUACCUGCAUUUGUUUCCCCCCAGUAUAUAUAUAAUAAAUGUGUCACUGGAUUAAAGUUUAGAGGAGAAAACGCGUCUGCUGGAGACUCAGAAAGCUUCCUGCAGGACGGCGAGCGGCUGCAGGGUUAGCGGGGGGAGAACAGGUUAGACAUGAAUCAUGUUUCCCUCGGUUGCGUUGGCGUGUGAUGAGCAGCGGCGGCUUAUUUAUGGCGCCGAUCCAGCGGCAUCGUUUAUUCCUCAGAAUUUGCAUGUCUAUUGUAUAUUUAACCCCUUCAGGCCAGUUUUACUGUGCACACGGGUGGCUGUUUACACACUGGGGUUCGGCCUUGUAGACACAGCAGACGCUGAGGGUUUGUAGCAGCGAUGUGGACAGUUUGAACAGUUUGUUGAUUAAUUGAUUAGUUUGUCCAGAAAAUGCAACAAUCAGCUAAUCAUUUAAGGUGUUUUUUUUUUUAAGCAAAAAUGCUAAAUGUUUCAUAGUUUAUUUUAGCUUCUCAAAUGUUUGGAUUUGCUGAUUUUGGACUGUUGGCAUGUCAUCUUUUGGAUCAGUGCAAACGCCAUUUUUCAUUGUUUUGUGAUUAUUUGUAGACCAAAUGACUAAUCCAUUAAUCCAAAAAUGAUCAGCAGAUUGAUUAAUAAAACAAAUAAUUGUUUCAUGUGUCUUUUAAUGGAUAAAAUACUGUCAGUGGUUUUUUUUGUGUGUGUGUGUGUGUACAAGGACCCCCAAAGUUGUUUUUUACUUCAUGAACUAACCGCGUGUUGCCCACUUUUGAGUUGUGUUGUUUAAAUGUUAAUUAAAAAAAACAACUCAGACGAGAUUUUGCCAACUUCUCUGCCUCUGUGAAGCCGACUGGUACACCACUGUGCUGCGUUUUGUUGAUGUGUUUCCUGUUUUAUGGAGCUUCAUUUCCAAGUCCACUGCAUGCUUUGAAAGUGUUUAUUUGUGUUUGUGUUUGAAUAAGACAGCAACAAAAGUAAUUUGGAGUCUUGGAGUUUAUGUCGCUACAAGUUUUAGGGGAAUAAAAACGCUCCGAAGUGAUGGAGUGUAAAUGUGGUGCUGGAAACAACAAUAUAAAACAGACAAAGAAAAUUACUUGUAUUUUCUUUCUGCUGCGCUGUGGGAACAUUCAUUGGAUUCUGCCCCAUCUGUUGUAAUCAAUAACGUGACCAUCUUGUUUUUUUAUGAAACGCACUUACUCUUAAUUUCAUCCACCAGUGGUUUUAGAGAGAAGAAUGUGGAGUUACCUAUAAGGCUUUGACAUUAUAAAUCACCUCUUGAGACCAGAUUGUACAGCAGUAUCGAUUGAUCCUGAUAUAUCACAGAAAUUUACUGUCACUUCUGUUUUCAAUUAAAGAUACAAUCAGUCAGAUAAUGACUUAAUUGGA